GAAAAAUUAUUAGAAUUAAUAGAACUUAUGAUUUAAAGAGGUUUUAGGUUGCACUAAAAAUAAUAUAUAGGAAAGUUUAGUCCUGAAAAUGAAACAAAAUAAAAGUUUGAUCAUGCUCGAGACAGUUGAACCCCCAAAUGUGAAGUGUACCUUCUUCUUCUUACAAAUAGCUUAUCCAGAUAUACCCAAACACAACAGAAACAACAACUACUAGGAACAGAACCCCAGAAACUACUUGUCCAUCAAAACAAACCGAUCAAUUAAAUAAAAUUCAAGUUUGGAUCAUCAUGGAGCAGUCAUCAUAUAAAGCUCAUGUCCUGUUACUUCCAUAUCCAGGCCAAGGUCAUAUAAACCCAAUGCUCCACUUCUCCAGGCGCUUACUCUCCAAGGCCAUCAAAACCACCUUGAUAACUUCCGUUUUUAUCUCCAAGUCUAUGAACUUUGGCUCCUCCAUCGGCUCCGUCGACCUCGACGUAAUCUCCGACGGUUACGACGAAGGUGGGUUCGGAGAUGCAGGCAGCAUCGACGAUUAUCUGGCUCGACUGAAGACCGCGGGUUCGAGAACCCUAGCGGAGCUCAUCAAGAAGCACGAAAGCUCUUCCAACCCUGUUGACUGUGUAAUAUACGAGCCUUUCUUGCCUUGGGCUUUGGAUGUGGCCAAAGAGCAUGGUCUGUUUGCUGCUGCUUUCUUCACGCAACCUUGUGUUGUUGAUUAUAUUUACUAUAAUAUUCACCACAAGCUGCUGAAGUUGCCGGUUUCUGAAACGCCUGUGUCGAUUUCCGGGUUGCCUUUGCUUGAGCUCAGGGAUAUGCCGUCUUUCGUUAAUGUUCCUGGUUCAUAUCCGGCUUACUUUCAGAUGGUACUGCAUCAGUUUUGUAACACAGAGAGAGCUGAUAAUAUCCUUAUCAACACAUUCUACAAGCUAGAACAAGAGGCUGUGAAUGAGAUGUCAAAGGUUUGCCCUGUAUUAACAAUUGGGCCAACAAUUCCAUCCAUAUACUUGGACAAGAGGAUUGAAAAUGAUGAUGACUAUGGUCUUGAUCUUUAUGCCUUAGAUGCAUCUAUUUCCAUCAACUGGAUGAGCACUAAGCCGGCAGGAUCAGUUGUGUAUGUAGCCUUUGGUAGCAUGGCUAAUCUAAGUGACAAGCAAAUGGAAGAACUAGCAUGGGGUUUAAACAACAGCAACUUCAACUUCCUGUGGGUGGUUAGAGCUUGUGAGCAGUCAAAACUACCUAAAGGAUUUGUGCAGGAAUUGGGUAGUAAGGGCCUGAUUGUGAAUUGGAGUCCUCAGGUGAAAGUGCUGGCAAGUGAAGCUAUUGGGUGUUUUUUCACACACAGUGGAUGGAACUCAACAAUUGAGGCAUUGAGCUUAAGUGUGCCGAUGGUGGCAAUGCCUCAGUGGACUGACCAACCACCAAAUGCUAAACUUGUUGAAGAUGUUUGGAAGGUAGGUAUCAGAGUCAAGGUUAAUGAAGAUGGAAUUGUGACACGAGAAGAAGUUGAAUCUUGCAUCAGAGAAGUAAUGACAGGAGAGAAAGGAAAAGAGAUGAGAAAUAAUGGUGCAAAAUGGAGGGAAUUGGCUAUUGAGGCAGUAAGUGAAGGUGGAACAUCUGAUAAAAAUAUUGAUGAAUUUGUAUCCAAGUUGGUAAGCCUUAGAAGUUAGAGCUAAGAUUAUUUUCCUGAUAACUCUAUCGUUCUGCUUCCAGCACUGUCAUAUCACAUUUACUGUUGAAAAGAGAGUAGUUUCUUUUCUGAUGUGCAGCGAUUAUUCACAAGCUAGCUUUACAAUUAAUAUAAUUUUACAUGCUUAAAUUUCCA